UCUUCAAUACUCAAUACUCACAACAAACAAACAUCCCUUUUCAAACCUUUUGAGGAGGUCUCAAAUAUCUCUCAAAAAUUAAGUGUUUUGGUGUUCCUUUUUAAGUACUGAAAAAUGGUCAAUUUUUGGCCUCAUUUAGCAUGUGCUUUGGCACUAUGCUUUGUAAUAGCCACUACCAAUGUGGCUGCAAGUGAUGACUAUAAGCCUUACACUUAUACUACAUCUCCUCCUCCAUCACACUACAACUAUCCACAACAUCCUAAAUAUCACUUUAAGUUACCAUAUGUCUACAAGUCACCACCGCCACCUUAUGUUUACAACUCUCCACCGCCACCAUCACCAUCGCCACCUCCUCCUUAUGUGUACAAGUCUCCUCCCCCACCUUCACCAUCCCCGCCACCACCUUAUGUAUAUAAAUCUCCCCCUCCACCUUCUCCAUCCCCACCACCUCCUUAUAUGUACAAAUCUCCACCCCCACCUUCUCCAUCACCACCACCGCCUUACAUUUAUAAGUCUCCACCACCGCCAUCACCAUCCCCACCACCACCAUAUGUUUACAAGUCUCCACCCCCACCUUCACCUUCCCCACCACCACCAUAUGUUUACAAGUCACCACCUCCACCUUCUCCAUCACCAUCACCACCACCACCUUAUGUCUACAAGUCUCCACCCCCUCCUUCACCAUCACCUCCACCGCCAUAUGUUUACAAGUCCCCACCACCGCCAUCACCUUCACCACCACCACCAUAUGUUUACAAAUCCCCACCUCCACCUUCUCCAUCACCACCACCUCCUUACAUUUACAAGUCUCCUCCACCACCUUCACCGUCCCCACCACCACCAUAUGUCUACAAAUCUCCACCACCACCCUCACCGUCCCCACCACCACCAUAUGUUUACAAAUCACCACCACCACCUUCUCCUUCACCACCGCCUCCUUACAUUUACCAGUCUCCUCCCCCACCUUCUCCAUCACCACCACCACCAUAUGUUUAUAAGUCUCCUCCACCACCCUCACCGUCACCACCACCACCAUACAUCUACAAGUCUCCUCCCCCACCUUCCCCGUCUCCUCCACCACCAUAUGUCUACAAGUCUCCUCCACCACCCUCACCAUCACCACCACCUCCUUACAUCUAUAAGUCUCCUCCACCACCUUCACCCUCACCACCACCACCAUACAUCUAUAAGUCUCCUCCACCACCCUCACCGUCACCUCCACCACCGUAUGUCUACAAGUCACCACCACCACCCUCACCGUCACCUCCACCACCCUCACCGUCACCUCCACCACCGUAUGUCUACAAGUCACCACCACCACCCUCACCGUCACCUCCACCACCAUAUGUCUACAAGUCUCCACCACCACCCUCACCGUCACCUCCACCACCAUAUGUUUACAAGUCACCACCACCACCCUCACCCUCACCUCCACCACCAUAUGUUUACAAGUCACCACCACCACCCUCACCCUCACCUCCACCACCAUAUGUCUACAAGUCACCACCACCACCCUCACCCUCACCUCCACCACCAUAUGUCUACAAGUCACCACCACCACCCUCACCCUCACCUCCACCACCAUAUGUCUACAAGUCACCACCACCACCCUCACCUUCACCUCCACCACCAUAUGUUUAUAAAUCUCCACCACCACCCUCACCGUCACCUCCACCUCCGUACAUCUACAAGUCUCCCCCACCACCUUCUCCAUCCCCACCACCGCCCUAUGUCUACAAGUCUCCUCCACCUCCUUCACCGUCACCACCACCACCAUACGUCUACAAGUCUCCUCCACCUCCUUCUCCAUCCCCGCCACCACCAUAUGUGUACAAGUCACCUCCUCCUCCACACUCUCCUCCACCUUACUACUAUAGGUCUCCACCACCACCAUCAGGCUACUAAUCAAACCAUUACGAGAGAAUAUCGAACUACUCCAAGUACUACUACAAUAAGAGGAUGCACAAGUACUCAUACUCAAUACAUUCAAAUUACAUCAAUUGAUUUGUAUUAAUUUUUCUUUUUUUUUUUAAUAAUCAAUUAAUUGAAUUAAUGUGCCAGAUUCAUGACGUCUAAUAUAUAAACGACAUAAUAUUAUGUAAUAAAUUAUAAUAUUACUUUAUCAAUAAACUCAAUUUUACACAAGAAAUUAGGAUU